AUGAUGUUGGUUUAUGCGUUCACUCGAGAGGCCAGGCCAGGUGCCUUUGUAGCUCUUGUGGGGAAUAAAGCAGAUCUUGAAAGUAGAAGGGAGGUGUCUUUUAAGGUAAGUAAUGUGGCCAUGUUUAUAUAAUGCUAGUGUGCUACAUGUCGUAAACAUGAAAUCACGUAGGUCAGAAGGUUUUUUAAUGGUUUUUGUAGAGAAUGAUGUAAAUCAUGUUUUAGAAAGGACGGUAAAGUGAGGUGGUUUAUUAACGCUCUUUGGACGAUUUUUGUAUGAUUUCUUAUUAUAUCCUUGGUAUAAAAUCAUUUUGUGAUUUUAUUUGUCGGGUUGCAGCUUAGGGAGAAGAAUGCAUUUCUGGUAAGUGCUUGUUUACACUGCGACUCUACAGGUGUCUUGCUGUAUUAACGUCAGAACAUGGGAACUUCCUACGCGUCUUUAAAAAUCUUAUUUCUUACGAAACCUGCGUAGAGCAACUAUAUCAGGCAUUUGACAUCCAGCUCUCUAAAAGGCAGACUUCCCUGUUUCAACCAAUGUCAACAACACCAUGCUUACCAGGCAUAUGUCAACAAUCUGACGUUGGCACCUCGCAAGUAACCUUUUCACAACAUUGACGUAACAAAGCUACCUAUUAGAAUGAACUAUUCUUGUUUACCUUUUUUGUUUUUAAGACAGAAAACAAUGAGUUCAUUCACAUACGGUUGAAUGACAAAGUUAUUCCAGGAAUGCAACUCACACACACUGUUAUUUUGUGGUGGGAGAUGUCGACUUUAUAUUUUGUUCUUUCAGGAAGCUCAGAAUUAUGCAGAUGGAAACAAUAUUGUUGAGAUUUUUAUGGAAGUGUCAGCACGAACAGGCAAAAAUGUGAAAGACCUUUUCUCCGAAAUAGGUGAGUAGAAUUGACUAUUCAUUGAUAUAAAGGGGGUAGGUUUCUAAAGAAACUGUGGCGCUAUGUCGGUGGUGGAAUAUAACAGAGAAAUUUCUCAGUAGUAUUAUCGACUAAGUUGAUAAAGUAUUAUCAACUAAGUUGAUAACGUAAAUUGGCCAUCAACGAGCGUUUUUAUUCAACUGGCCCUGGGGAUUAACAAUGCCGAUUUGAAAGCUGUUUCACCAAUGUACAGCUUUUUGCGAAAAGUUGUACAUUAGUAAAACAUUUGAAGACUACUAAGUGACCGAUUCCGAGAACACCUUCGCGAAGUAGAAAGAAAUAACAAGGACGCAUCUUAACCAGUCGCUAGACACUUUAAUCUCUCUAACCAUUCUGAGCAGCAUAUGGCAGUUUGCGGCCCUUCCCUUCAUCUAGGCAGUUCGAAAAGCCUCAAAACUCUUGAACAAUCUCCAGUCGCUCUGACGAAGGGCUAACGCUGGAAACGUCAGCUUUUAAACUCUUUACGGUGGCCAAUUUACGUUGUCAACUCAGUUGAUAAUACCUAAUUACCCUAUUCAUUGAUGUGUCUUACAAGCUGACGGUAAAGUCUACACUUGAGUCCAUUGGUAUAUGAGGUGCCAGAGCUAAUCAUGAUUAUUCCAGCAUGCUGCAGCUCGGGGUUUUGACCCAAAACCUCUCUAUCUGUGGUUUAGGGCUCUCACCAUUUUCACGCCCCAUCUCCCAACAACCUGUCUUUUUUAAGUAGAUGUUUUUUCUCAUAGGGUGUCUUUGUCAAAUGAUAUGCUUUGCACGCAUUGCAAUACUCUCCAACUGGUUUUGUAAAAAACCUGGGUUAAAAGGGGAUUGCUUAAUAUGCGUCGGCUAAAGGCGACACAUACGGAAGAAAAUAUGCAACCACUUAUCAUAACAUAAUUUAAUAGAGAAUGCUUUGUAAAUUAUCACAUACUCCACUCUUGUAUGAAGCCAGACUUGCUAAUAGCUUGGAGGUUGCGCCAUGACAUUGAAUGAAAAGCAUUGCAGAAAGCUUCAGAAAGUCUAGUGAGGAAUUAGCACUCGUUAAUGGCAAUGACAACACUUCCAGUGGAUAGGCCUUGACAGAAAUCUCAUUAUUUUUGCAGUCAAGUGUUCGUCUUAAGAUAAAAAAAAAUAGUUGAAUAUAGGUUUCUGACUAAAGUUGAAUUGAAAGGUUAACUGUGGGAACAUGUUUGUUACAAUUGUAUGUCUGUUGUAGCAGUGGCUGCUUUUAUGAAACAUGAGCUCGGAUAACUAGCGGUAAUUUCUCCCCCUGGAAAAAAGACAAAAAAUUAUUAAUAGCAUAAUUGUUUUAGUGUUUGCUAGAAGAAAAAGGGAAUGCGAAGUUUUGUUCUUAGUGUCAAAACUAGGUUGCUCCUGUUAUCUAUACCAGUUAUAUCAAUUUUCCCAAGCUGUGUUUAGUUCUCUUAAUGUGAAACUCCUGCACUUCUUUCCUGUUAACUAAGGUUUCCAGGGAUGGUUCGUUAGGAAAUACUUUUUGUGUGAUAGGUGUAGGCAUUAUUCAGAAUGUAGAGGGGCAAAGCUGACAGGGAAUUGUCAGGGAAUUGUCUGUUGGUUCUUAGUUUUUUGUAAUCAUUCUAUUUUGUAGUGAAACGUUUAGCGCCUGUAUCCGUUAUCAGAGAAACGUUGGCUUUCAGAAAGCAAACUUUGGAUCUGAGUAAGAGAAAUUUGGACAGGGGUCAGGGCAUUUAUCGCAUAGAGGAGUUUCUGCGUACACGAGAGAACUUUUCACUUACAAAUAUCCUAUCGCUGAAGUUGAGCCACAACCGUCUUGAAAAGCUACCUGAUAUUUUUCUACAAUUGAUCAACCUGACGUGCUUAUAUGUGAAUAAAAACAGACUGUCCUCUCUGCCUGAAAGUAUUGGAUACUUGAAACGACUUCAAGAGCUGGACUUGAGAAAUAACCAACUGAAGGUACUUGAUGUGGUUAGAAAACUGCCUGAACUUAAGAAACUAUUGGUUGAAGGAAAUCCGCUCACACUAGAGGAGAUCAGAAGUCUUAUGAAGCAUGUGGAUACGACAACAAGAUCGAUCUCCGUAGACAUUGCAGGUAGUGUUACAUGAAUAUAUGGUUUAGAUCUUUAGCAUACUCGAGCACAAUGUUAUCUCGGAAUAAGGAUUGUAUGUCUCUAGCGCUGUGGUGAUUUUUAUCUCAAAUGAGAGUUUCUGAAGUAACUUCUUUAUAAAGAUUAGAGCUUCAAAUAGGUGAAGCCUGUCUUUCCAUCUUCGCGUAGAGAUCCAAUUUGAAGUAUACGUAUACAGUCGACUCCCGUUAUUGCGGACAUCCCCUCGGGGGAAAGGGGGGGGGCAGAUUUCGUGUCCGUAAGUUUGAGAGUCCGUAAUAGCGUGGUACGAGAGAAAAAAAUUGUUUUGUCUCGAAACAUAUGAGAUAAUAUGUAACUACGCAAAAAUAAAGUUUCUAACAUUGCCUCACGAACCGGAAAAAGAUCUGGCUGCAAUUAAGCAGGAAAUUUUACCCAAUUAAAGAAUGGUUUCUUUAUUUUCAUUAUAGUAAUGUCGCUCUAUAGUAUGUGAGUCAGGGUUUUGGACGAAGUGUCCGCUAUAGCAAGAGAAAAAACAAGUGAAAUGUCGUGCUGGGGGUUAUGAAAGUGUCCGCAUUUCCGUAAUAGCGAGAGUCCGUAAUAGCGGGAGUAUAUUUCAGUCAUUUCUUUCUGCAUUUCUCCAGGGGAUGCCUCUUGUCUGCAAUGAUAGGGUGUCCGUAAUAGCGAGGUGUCCGUGGGGCGAGAGUCGAUUGUACACUUAAAAAUGAAACCUUCACUGACUAUUUUAUUUGUUAUGAUGAUUGAUACUAAUAUGAAUCGUUGCAAGCUUCGUCUGAUAAUCCCUUUGUGGACAUGUCUAAUUCAAAUUUCCAACCAAUCGUUCUGGCUCUAGAGUCUCGGGGUGUGCACUUGAAAAAAGCGCAACCGUCGGAAGCAGGCUGGUUUUGUUGUUUUGUGUAGUGUUCGUGUACUUUACAACUUUAGAAACCUUUUUCUAGGCAUUUAAAAUUAAAAAGGGUACAAAAGAACCCGGCUUGAAGGCUCACUAUGCAAGAAAGAUGAAAAAUGCCGUCACUAUUUUACGACAAGAAAAUGUUGAGGAAGUCUUAUGUGACAGAUUUACCUGAAAUUUUGAAAAAAAUCAUUUUUUCUUCUACCGAAAACCUUUAAUCUUCCAACAGUUGAUAUGACUUUCAUGGAAAUUAAUUUUAGUAUUGUGCUCCUUGUAUUACAUGUAUUACCCUUCACAAGGUCGUGAUGUUCUUUGUUUCUCACUUUACUGUUCUACGUUAGGCAAUUAGUGCAAUAUUAAAUUUUCCUUUUCCCUCACUUGCAGCUGUAGCUCCUCCCGGUAUUUUGGCGCAAGGAAAUUCCGCAAGACUAAUUUAUGAAAAGGCCCUUAGAGAUGGAUUUAUGAAUGUUUAUCGCGGUCGCAUAGUAUUGGUUGGCCAGGAUCGUGCCGGUAAAACAAGUUUAAAGAAGACUCUUCUAGGUCUUCCAUUUGACCUCAAGGAACAGAGUACGGACGGGAUCGAAAUUGAGCCGUCAAAGUUCGAAAUUGAAGUUGAGCAAAUUAAGAACUGGACUCCUAGUGGUGCGAACAAGUCAAGUUUGUCUGAUUGUUUGGAAUAUACAACGGGUAUGGCAAAACUGUUAGCGACAGAAAGGUAUCACAUGAUUGUUGGUGAUGAGAAGGAAGACUCGGAAAUGAAAUCAGUAGGGGCACCGCCUAAGAAAGAACGCCGAGUGAAGUUAGGAGGGAAAUUGAACACAAAACAUAUUCUCGCCGAUCAGGUCCGUUUACUUUGUUUUUACGCUGAAAUCAGACUUUUUAUGAAUGAUCUCAAACGAAUUAACACAUUUAAUGCUCAUUUCAUUGUUUUGACGUAACGAGAUAGAUUGACAUCUACUGUGUAGAUGAGGAUAAAUUAACCAUGUAAUUUCAACGCAAUUUGGUAUUUUGUCUUAUUUCAAAAUGUUAGGUUUCCGUGUACAAGGAUUCGGCGACUAAGUUUCCAGAUCGAUCCGGGCCGUUAAGCGAAAUUCACGAAGGAGAUAAUCUAUGCACAAAGCCCAAAAUGGCUAUCAACGCCAUGGUACUUCCUAACGCCGUCAAAAAACAUGCUGAUGAACUCUUAAAGAACAUGGUGCUUGAAGGUGUGGAUGCUGAUUGUGCAAACAUCGAGAAAGGAUCCUCGAUAACCGCAGAUGUGUGGGAUUUUGCGGGUCAACAUGUGUACUAUGCUGCUCACCCGGUAUUUCUUUCGUCAAGAGCUGUGUACAUCGUAGUUCACAACCUUAGCAAGCCACUGAGUUCCCGAGCUCAGCCAUCUGUCAGACAGGGAACUCAGGACGUACCUUUGGAGAACCCGAACAAUGAGACUAAUCUGGAGAAUUUACUGUCGUGGCUCGUGACAGUUCAUAAUAUGAGACCAACCGGAGAAGAAAUGGUUGAAACGCCAAAAGUGCUUCCCUAUCUCCGACCUCCAGUGUUCAUCGUCGGCACCCAUGCUGACAAGCCAUACGAAGAUACUAAGGAUGUUACAUCCAAGAUACUUCGUGAGAUUUCCAGUAAGGAAUAUGGAAAACAUGUGAUCCGACCAUUCUUCUACAUUGAUAACGCUCAAGGACACAAAUCAUUCGCAUGGAAAUUCCGGAAUUUCUUUAAAUUUCAAAGAAAUCGUCAAGCAGGUAAAUCAUGUGUUUGGGUUCAACAUGAUGAUUAAUGACGUUUUUAUCGGUUAAUGAGGUUGGGUUUAAUUUUAUUUCUAUUGAGGACAGACAAAAUCAUCGUUAGAUAAAGUUGAUUGGAUUCACUGGAUAUUUUACCGGUUGCUUUUCCACACCUAAUUCCUAGCAUCCUUUUGUCCCAAUCUGGGUAUUUAUCUACUUUUGAUGUUGGCACCUUGUUAGUGCUCCUGUUAUUCCUGGAUUUUUUUAAUAUGUAUUUUCUCUUUUUUUCCCCUUUUUUCUUGUAUUAACCUGGAUUGCAUAUGUAAAUACCAUAACGAAUGUUUUUGCUGACCAAAUUAGCGUGAAAUUUAUGACAGAUUGCGAAGAAGUGACUUAGAGUGCUGCAGCAGAAAUAGACCUUUCCGAAUACGAAAUAGGGGAUCAUGAUCUUAGUUGCCAUCAAACUCGUAUCGAAAGUCCGAGGAGAAAUCUCUGUCUCUCCCUGGCUUCUCUCAACAGCACUAAUUGUUUUACAUAAUUUAUAUUUGAAAGGUCAAGAAGGAGAUAAUGAUGGCACUAGUGCCGAUGGAAUUCAUGCUCUUCGAGCGAGAAUCCUGGAAGUACUUCGACAGGAGCCUUAUAUGGGAGACAAGAUACCAGUGAGGUAAAGUAUGAUGUGUAAUGAUAUAAGCACAAGAGAUGUUCAGCUCACUUUUUUCUAACAACAGCUGUAGUGAAACGUAGGAGUGGCUUUCAUAGCUGGUUUCGCUACUUGUCGAGUUCGCUACGUUCAAGUUCGCUACAUGUCCGUUACUUACAUGCCGAAUUCGCUACUUACUUCAUUCUACCACAGUAAAUUAUGCUCACAUUAUGAGCAUAAUUUACCAAUUCCCACGGAUGAUUUACGGGAACAUUUGCGGCUCAUACUUCAAGAAAAUUCUUUCAAAUUCAACGAAAGAUUCUUCACACAAACACAUGGUAUCGCCAUGGGAACUAAGACAACAGUUGCUUUCUCUGCCAUUUUAUGGCAAACCUAGAAAAGCGACUGUUAAUGGCUAGUCCCUCUAACCUUUGGUCUGGAAGAGAUUUAUUGAUGACAUAUUUUCACUGUGGAACAUUUCUAUGAAAGACGCUUACAAUUUUGUUGACUUUGCCAAUUCGUUCCACCCUACAAUCAGGUUUACUUGUGAAACGUAACCUCGCAACAAUCCAAAAAAUCAAAGUAGCGGUUUAAAGCACACAAGAAGGAAAUUUGCAAAUGAUCAGUUUAACUGACUCCUAAAAACGACAAUCACGCAGUUGGGAGUAUAAAUUACAGAUAUUGCUUGUGGUUUAUGGUUAAAAGAGAAAUUAAAACUGUGAAUUAACAAAGGCAGCGAAUUGGGCAUGUUAGAAGCGAACAUGUAGCAAACUCGACGAGUAAGGAAACAGACGUAAAGCGCUUUCAAGACGACGAAUUUUUCAGUGCUUAACAACGUGCUACCAUUACUUGUGGAUGUAAUAUAUCCUCAAAAGAUGCUCAACCGGCUAUUAAGCCAUAUUCUAAAGUCACAUUUAGAAAUUUCCAAACUUUGCUACAUGCAAUUUGCUAUGAUGUAUACCUUUCUGUAAGUUAGACUAAUUAUAAAUUUUUUAUAUUUCUAGAUGGUUUAACUUCGAAAAGGUCAUUGAAGCUUUGGUAGCUGAGAAUGUAUACCACUCAAAUACUGUCCAUCUUCAAACCUAUGCCAAGGAUGUAUGUUUUAUAGAAGACGAUGAACAGUUUCACACCAUGUUGAAUUUCUAUCACGACUUAGGUUUGAUUGUGAAACACCGCAGUACAGUCAUUCUGAAGGCACAGUGGUUAAUCAGUCUAUUCAAGAAGCUUAUAACCAUUCCAGCAUUCAAAAAAGCGGUAGGAAAAGAUAAUCUUCUAUGCAUCGAAAUGAUUGCAGAUCGUAGGCAGGAUUUGUUACCUUCCCCCAACUUGCGCUUGACGAAAAAAUGUUAAUUUAAUUGACUGUUUGUUCGUUUGUUUUCUCACGUUGUUUACACCCCUUACAACAUUUUGAGUUUUCUACAUAACUUUCAUGUGUCUCCCACUCUCCCUCAUUUCAAUAUUGCCUUAUAUUGACAAAAUGGUCACUAAUUUAUUACGACAUUGUUUGAGGGUGGGGAGGUAAGGGGGAAAUUCAAUAAACUAAUUAGAGAUGAAUAACAAGAUUUUUCUUAUUAUGUUGACUCAUUUCGGGAGGCUUGCCAACUACAUUUUACCACUCAUUGUACCCUUAGUAAUGAGGAACGGAGAGAUGUUUUUGGUCCGCUGCAAAUCAAAUGGGGCAUUUUUAAAGAAAAAUUGGUAGAUUGAACUUAUUUUAAAUAGGGAAUUUGUGGUUUCAGGAUCCUGUGCAUUCCAAGUACUGGCUGGAACUCGAGACAAGUGGUGUCCUUAAGAUGGAGCUUAUUGAUCACGUUUUUUCCCCUCUUAUUCAGCAAGGCGUUAUCAAGGAAGACAUCUUGGACAUGAUGGAGCAGUUUGGUUUGAUUGCCAAAUACUCACCAUCCCCGGCUGACGUUAAUUACUUUGUGCCAUGCCAACUGAGGUCCUCACCUGAAGAGCUUUGUAAAGUGGAGCCAUCAUCUACGGAUCCUUGUCCUUUGUAUCUUCAUUUCCAAGAAGGCUUUGUCCCGCAUGGUUUUUUUACUCGCCUUGUUUCAAAAUCGGUUGCUUGGUAUGGUGCAAAUGGAUCGUCACAGCCUCCAAAACUCUACCAGAAUGGUGCAUGGUUCAUUCUUAAAGAACGCGUCAUACAUGACAUGAUUAUGAUUUGCAAAAAGAAGUUCAUAAAAAUCCUCUUGAGACAAAGAAUUAAGAAGAACGUAGUUGCAGUUUCUAAUUCAACUUUGGUAGAAGUUGCUAGAAGUGUGCGAUUGUUUAUGGAGAGCACUUUAGAAAAGAUGUCGCAGGAGUUCCCAUACCUGAGCAGGAUGCAGCAUGAAUUUUGUGUUGAAUGCCCCUACUGUCAGCAAAGCGGUCGUAAGUGCGUAAACCACAACCAAGUGUCCUGUGGAGAAGAAGACUGCUUACACCUGCUUGAAUUAAGGCAAGGACAGGAUUUGAUCUGUAUGGAAAGUAUGUCUAAUGAAGUACUUACAGUUCCUGGACAAGAGAAAUGGUUGUUGAACCAGGUAUAAAGCAUUCUUUGUAUGUCUUCGUUCGUAAGUGGUAACGGAAACCAAUUAAGAAGAGCUUUUGAUAGCUGUGAUGUAAUCUCAUUGUGCGAUGUCAGUCGUAUGAAUCGGAAUACCCAAUUUAGAAAAUCUUGGAACAGAUUGAGAUCUAAUGGUGUCAUAGAAGGAUCUUGCUUCAUCGAGCUUCUAAAGCAAUUCAGCAAUGGAUAUACUGUAUGAGAUUGUAUGCAAUUGCGUAAUUAUUUUUUUUGGUGGAUUCAAGAUAUGUAUGAACGCGUUCAACCAGUUCGUUUCCUUCCGUCUGGUUUAUAAUAAUAUUUUUCUCUAACAGAAGUACGUUUUUUUGUGAAAACUGUUUUAUAUACCUUACUUGGAAAAUGAUAUGCUUUUCCUUUACAAUAAUGUUUUUAUGUCAUUAUCCAAAAGGGCUUGGCUCCGUCAGAAAUAAGAACCUCACAAGUUGCAAAGUGCGACAAAACUUUGAAAGUUACUCUACUGGCCAAUGAGUGGAAUUCGUCAAGGGGGGGUUUGUCCACCAUCAACAGACACCUUGCCAUCCUUAUGGCCAAACGUAGUGAGGUAGAAGUCACUCUCUUAGUCCCACAAUUUGCUUGUUCUGAAGAAGAGAAGAGAGAUGCAGAGAGUCACAAGAUUGUCAUCGAAGAAGCAGAGAGACGUCCAGGCUACGACUCUCUUGACUGGUUGAGCUUCCCUCCGAAAAACCUGAUAAUUGACGUGGUCCUGGGUCAUGGAGCCAAGUUAGGUAAGCAAGCCCAAAUCAUUAGGGAGUACCAUAAUUGCCAGUGGGUACAAGUAGUGCAUACUGCGCCUGAAGAGCUCGGAAUGUUCAAAAACUAUCCGAGAGCCAUUGCCAGAGGAGAAGAGAAGACUACAGCCGAAGUAGAUUUGUGUAAAUUGGCAAAUCUAGUUGUACCAGUAGGACCCAAGUUGACUGAGGCCUACUCUGCCUAUCUUCAAUCAUGUGAGAAGCAGCAAGAUAUCAUGUCGCUCACUCCUGGCACAUUUAAGGAAUUUUCAACUCUAAAUCAUGCCUCAGUUGACUCUGAAAAGUUUAGGGUGUUGACCUUUGGUCGUGGUGACCCUGAGGACUUCGGUCUGAAAGGGUAUGAUAUCGCUGCUAAAGCAGUAGCUGAACUGAAAGACAACUCCUACCAUCUGAUCUUUGUGGGUGCACCUGAUGGAAAACAGGAGGCAGUUACGGAAACUUUGCUGCAGAAUGGUAUUUCCAAACGUCAGCUGACAGUGAGAACGUUUUUGCAAAGUAAGCAGAAAUUGAAGGAUUGUUUUGUGAAGUUAAUCUCUGUAUCAUGCCAUCCCGGACGGAGGGGUUCGGCUUAA